AUGGCAUGGCCUCGGUGUCUGCAGGCGGUCCUCGUUCUCAUUUUCCGCGUUGGUCUUCCCACGCCUGCUGCGCAGAUCGUGCCGGCUGAUGCCAGCGCGCAAAGGAGUUGCCAGCUUGUUCUUUUUGUCGGGCCGCAGAUCCCGAUCGAUAUCACGAGCGAUCCACCUAGAAAGACGAGCUCAAGAGGGCCCCAGACGGCCCAAGAGAGCCCCAAUACCGUCACCAGGGCCCCCCCAGUCUUCGACAUCCUUCCCCUCGUGCUUCUCGCGCGCAUGCCUCAAGAUGGCCGUGGCUUGUAG